AUGGCUAUGUUUCUAGGUCCAUGGUUUCAAGGAAUACGAGCCAAAGUACUAUCCCACUUCAGCCAAUCGAGACCCAAUGAAAAGGCAACACCUACAAAGGACAAGAUGAGAAAGCCUACUCCUCUCCAAAUUGUAAGUCCACCCCCAAUGGGUCCUGGGGGUCUAGCCGCAAUGCGACAAGCAGUUCAUGCUGCCGCAGCUCCAAUGAUAAAGCAACAGUUGUGCCGUUUCACGUCCACAUUGACUGUUACGGACCAAUUGACACGCACUGAGUUCAUUCACAACCAGCGGGAGGCCAUAGAAGCAAAAGCUAUCAAAGCAGUGUGCUCUAGGUUUGUGAGAGCCAAAGCAAUGCCUGGUGGUAUAGGGGAUACUACGAAAAAUGCAUCCAGGGCCAUUUGUCCCCAGAUGACAGGGGAUACUAUGAAAAAUGCAACUGAGGCCAUUUGUCCCCAGAAGACACUAGGAUUGAAGACACCAGCCACAACCAAGCCUCCACCAAGAGGCUUGUACUCCAUUUCCAAUGUGUCAAUAGAGGAAAAAGAAAAAAAUGUGUUUGCCAGGUCAGUGGAGGUGGAAGCAGGCCUAAAGACAAUAGCUCCGAUGCAUCAAUUGGUAACAGAGGCAGAGGAGCAUAUGAAGACCCUUCAACACACUAUCCUUCUCUCCGGUAACAGAGUUAUGCUUGGUGCCGCAUGGAUGGAUGAGAAUAACUACCGUCAGUUUCUUUGCUACCCGGAAGUAUUGUUCAUUGAUGCCACUCACAAGACCAAUAAUGAAGGACGCCCCCUUCUGCUUAUUUGCGGGAGGGAUAGUGCCGGCAAGGCUUUUGUGGUCAUCCAUGUUUUCAUGCCAAACGAGUCACAAGCUUUCUACCGAUGGAUAUUCUUACAGGCACUGCCAGCUAUGCUUGGUGUUGGAAAUCUAAAACGAGUGCACCUUAUAUUGACAGACGGAGAUGCAAGUGAGUAUAAUGCUGUUGAUCAAUCCAUCUUUCGUUAUGUGAAGAAUGCAAUUCGGGGCAGAUGUGGGCACCACCUCAUAGAAAAAACAUUCUUGAAACAUGGCCCAAAAGAUAAUGAGGUGAAAAACCAAUCUAAUGGACAAGCCAUUCUACUGGAGAUCCGGAGAUGGGUUAGAUCUUGGAUUGACAGAACUUCCUGUCACAGUAAGAAGGCGUAUGAAUUGUCCAAGGCUCUCCUGCUACAAGAACUCCAAACAAACUUUGUACUCAGGCCCAUUCCAAAUGACCAAAAUUCGAUGUAUGAGAUUCGACGUAUUUUGUCUGCUCUUCAACCGUUUUAUACGUCGAUUCAGAAACUUAUACAUCAAAUUAAUUGCGGGCAAAUGGCGAGGUAA